GCCCUAGUGAGCCAUGAGUGUUGGUUCCCCUGCAGUGGGGUCCCUCCAGUUGAAAUGGGACCCCAAAAAUCUGGAGAUCCGGACAAUGUCUGUGGAGAAGACACUGGAACCUUUAGUUACACAGGUAACAACCCUAGUUAAUCAAAAAAGUCCAUCAAAUAAAAAGAAAGGGAGGUCAAAGAAGGCACAUGUUUUGAGUGCCGCUGUUCAGAAAGCUACAGAGAAUUUCAUCGCUAGAGGAGAGGAAUCGCCAAAAGAAAACCCAGAUAUCAGGCCUAUAUGA